AUGUAUUUCUCGAAAUUUAAAGAUUGUGAGGUGCUCCCUGCAGACCUAAAAGUUGCUGAAGAAAACUUAUCAAAAGGUUGCAAAGAAAGUUUGGAAUUCCUCAAACAGAAAUAUGGCCCUAAAAGUCUGCACCUAAAGUCUAAACCAAAACCAGAUAGGAGCAUUUCAAAGGAACUGAUUGUUCACAUAAUGGAUGGUAAAAACAGGGCAUUGAAGAGGGCUUUUCCUACAAAUAGUGGACUUAGUGGCUGUUUGAAAAUUUCAACAAGCUACAGCGAGAAUGCGGAAAACUGGAUGGCAAAAAUUAGUGGCAUGUUUCGUGGAAAAAUAGAGUUCAUUCCCUGCAUUAUGGGAAAUUGCGGAAUUGAGACCAUUGAGAGCCCCCGAGAAUUUUCCCUAGAUGAUCUGGAAAAAAAGACAGCCAAAAAAUAUGUGCCAUUAAAGAUAUAUGCUAGAGCCAGAGGGAAAGAGAGGAGAGAAAUUACAGAAAAAUACAAAGGGGAGAAAUUUUCAGAGAUUUCUGAUGAAGACUUUGAAGAGCUGGAUCUUGAGACGUCAACCCCAAAGAAAAAGAGAAAAGGCGUGAAGGCAUCUACAGAAUGUUAUGGUUUGGAGCACUCAACAAAAGAAGAAGAAGAGAGGAAAGAGGAGCCACCCCAGAGAAAAACAAAGAAUUCUCCAAUAAUUAUAGAAAAUGAUGAUUCUGAUGAUGAUUGUAAACUCCCAAAAUUGGAAUUAUCAAGAUCAACCCAAAAGGAAGAGCGAAAACGAGACUUGAUAGUAUCCACAGAAUGUUAUGGUUUGGAGCACUCAACAAAAGAAGGAAAAGAGAGGAAAGAGGAGCCACCCCAGAGAAAAACAAAGAAUUCUCCAAUAAUUGAAAAUGAGAUUUCUGAUGAGCUACCCGACAUAGAGGUACCCUGUCUUAAGCCUGAUGUGGUUUCAAAGGAGGAUGUAUUAGAGGAUUUGCCACUAAUCGACAAAGAAGUUGCAGCAUUUUGUGAUGUCAUGGAAAAGAAGAUCAAGAGAAAGGAGAUGGCAGACGGAAUCAACUUGAAAUUCCCGGAAAAAGGAAAGAUGUUGACCGUGAUCUACGAAAAUCAUGGGGGGAUGUCUUUUUCCAGGCCAUUUCAUCAUGCAGACACAGUACAGAGUGUGUACACAUACAUCUGUCAAAUAAUUGAGCCAGAGAUUCUCCCAGCCACAUUUCAUUUAGAAUGUGUUUCACCGACAGCAUGUAAAGAAGAAAAAUGUAUGCACUGUUAUGAGCUUGGGGAGUGUUAUGACAUGUCAAUUAACCAACUACCAGCUUUGUUGGUUUUGAAAGAGGGGAAUUAUCUGGUGGAUGAAACAAUGACCUUCUUUGGGAAUGUGUUUUUGAAGAAAAACUAGACUUGGUGCCAGGGAUCUACAUAACUACAUACAGUGAUUCUUCCAGCAGGAGACAAAAUCUCCCUUCCGCCUCUCCCAAUUAAUUUUUAAAUCUUUUGUGUUUAAAAUUCUUCAAGUAGAACAUUUUUACAUUAAUUUUUAUCAUGUUUCUUAGUAUAAUUGCUUAGAAUGACAAUAUUUUGAGAUAACAACAGGAUUUAAAUUUUCACAGCAGUAGGCUUCAUAGGAAUCAACAUGAAGUUGUAUAAUUAGGUUGUAAAAAGUAGUGAUAUAUCAACUGGAUAAAUGACUAUCGAUGUUUAUUAUGUUCAUUAUAUACUGUUAAAAUAUAGUUAUAAUGAAGGUGACAUUUUAGUUAAAAAUAGAUCACACUACAGGAUGUUGCUAAAUAAUAUACCUGACUUUAAUUUGUUGUAUUUUUUUGAGGGGCUAAUUUUAUCUACCCUGGUAUUCAUAUUCCAUUUGAAAAUAAAUUAUUGACAUAGAAUAAUAAUGUUACAAAAAAAACUAUGUUUAAUUUAAAAUGCUGAUGACUUUGUUGCACAUUGACAUUCUGGUGAGGUAAUUAUAAAUUCGUAUUCAGAAGUACAUGUAAAUUAAAACUGCCCAUGGUAGCUAUUGCCAACGACAUUGUUGAGGUCUCUGUUAUAGCUUACAGUCUAAGCAUAAUUCUUCAGAAAAUGGUCUCUUAUACAUCUGAUGUAAUGAAUAAAACUAUGGAGAAGUGAGAAAGAAAUAAACAAUAGCCUGAAAAAAUUUAAAAUUUUAACUAUUAAUAAAAAGCAAUAUAUACAGGUAUGUAGUUUGUGGCAGCCAGAAAAAAUAUUUUACACUUAAUUGAAAAAAUGUUCAUCCUACUCCCCAAUAUACUCCCUGUAUAUUUUACGAUACGAAAUAUAAUUUUGGGUCUCGUGUUUAGUUUAGAACAAUGUCUACACAUUCAACUAACACAUACAUGUAUUUAAAAAAUGAAGAUAUUUAAAAAGAGUUUUAAAGAAUUGAUUUUUUUAAAUCUAUUUUGAUCAACAUCCUAAAAUUUAUGUCACUUGUCCAAACUGGCAGAUGAUGAAGUUUCCUAAUUAUAACCAUUAUGUGUCCAGUGGCAAGGAUACUGUUUGGAUAGCAUAAAAAAGAAACAAAAUGAAUGUACAAAAGUUAAUAAUUUAUCCCCCCCCCCCAAAUUUUUUUCCUCCUCUUACAGGACUUUUUCAUUCUGAUGUUUGUAAACCUAAAAAUCAAAAAAAAAAAAAAAAUGUUGACCUAACCAAAGUUUACUGAAAUCAGAAUGCCUGUCUAAUUUGUAAACAUUUUCUAUUUGAUGAUUUUUGGGAAACUAUUCAGUAUUUUUAGGUCCCCAACCAUGAUAUGGUGUCCGAAUAUAGUGUUUAUCAUUUGUUUUCAUUCCAUCACAGUAAGCCUUUUUGUUGUGCAAUCAAAGGAGUUGCUUUGUAAUAUGCAUCUUCAUUCUGCAAAUUGAGAAAAAAAGACCAAAUAUUUUAGUUGAUUGUAAAAUUUUUUAAAAUUAUUUUGUUUGCCAUUGUGAACAUAAAAAUAUCUUGCCAUAUUCUUUUUAAAAACAUUAAAUAAAUUUUUUAAUCAAUGUAAAAUAGAAAAUAAGCAGAAUAGAAUUUAAGUCUUAUAGUGUUAAGUUCUUCAGACCACAGUGACCUACUUUUUGAAUAUUAUCAGAUACUAAUUGGCUUCAAAUCAACAUACUUUGUCAGUUGCUUCAUAUUUGGUCCUCAAAAUUAUUCAAUGAAAAAGAAGGUCACUGUAAUCUACUUUCGAAAUUUCAAGGCAAUAUUUAGAUAUUUAAAUUACUCUUAUGCUUUGAUCAUUAAACUUUGUCAGUUAAUUGAUCUUCUUGGGCUGUCAGAAUGUGUUAACCAAAAUGAAUGUCAGAUUGGCCUACUUUUAGAAUUUCAUUAGACAAGGUUUUAUCUAAAUAUGUAUUAGUGUUAUACAAGGUAAUAUUUCAUUUGUGUUAAGGGAAGAACAUUUCAGUUGAUUUUUCAAAUACAUGGACCCAUUACAAAUUAAGGCUGUGUAAUUUUACAGAUAUGCAUGUA